CGCGUGUUUGCUAGUUCCAAUCCCCACAAAAACAAAAUAACGAAAGUAAACAAAACACCGCUCUUCUCUGUCUUCUUCUUUUAUCUGUUCUGUUUUUCUGAGGUUUGACUGUCGCACCCGCGGCUUCUCAAACACGCGAGACGAGUGAGACCCUCUCCUCCUCUCUUCUUCUUCUUCCAUGUCCGAGCUUAAAAGAAGAAGCUUCAGUCGUCAACUUAGUCCCCACGUCAAGAAUUCCUCUUUUCCCAAUCAGCAGUAAUGUGAUUGUUGAAGUUGCUUGCUUGCUAUUUAGCAAUUGAUGAUAUAUCAUAGUCCUGGUCCUAUUACUAGUCCCAAUCCUAGUCCUAGGUUUAUUAAUUCGGAGGCUAUGGCGAGUGAUGAAACAACUCCUAAAGUGCGAUUAGUUAGAUGUCCCAAAUGUCGACGGGUUCUUCCUGAAGUGGCUGAUGUUCCUGUGUACAAGUGUGGUGGAUGUUCAACGGUUCUUCUAGCCAAGAAUCGAAAAACUGGUGCCAAAACCGCUUCACCAGGAGCUACUCAGAUUAAUGGAUUUGUUCCUGCAUCUGAAAAUAAUGAAUCCAACUCCUCAACUCCUGACUCACUUGUUCCAUCUGUGGAUCAACAAAGUGGGAGCCACGAACACAUAUCUGGGCACUGCAAUGCUCCACAGCUCUUUGUCAAUAUCCAAACAUCUGUGCCUUGCAUCACUGAGCAGCUUCAUGAAUCAACUGGAGGAAAUGAGAAUGGAACUGAAAAGCCUGAACCUUCAGCUUGCAAUGUUGGACAGUCUGGACUUUUGAGUGGAGCUUGUUCAUCCACUGAGGAGGUUGCUAGUCGCAGAGAAUUCUUGUCAUCAACAGCAGCUUAUUCACAAAUAGUGACAGAUGGUGAGAAAUCAAACCCAGCAGACAGAAAAAGUGAACUAAAUUUUGAUAGCAAGGUUGAUUCUGACAGCAGAAGAUCAAGCUUUGACAAGCCAUUGGGUGCAACAGAAAGUAAUAUAAUGGUUAAUGCCUUUGGAACUGCAAAGGAAACCAUUUUACCUGAUGCUUCCAAUAAUGAAAGGCUCGAGCAACUUCAGAGUGACCAGCAUGGCCCUGUCAGCUCAACUCUAAAGCUCAAAUCAGCAGGGGAGAGAAUUUCAUCAGGUGCUCUAGUUGCUUCUCCUAACGAGCAGCUUGAUCAGCCUCAGAAAAGUGACCACCAUGGGUUUUCCCAUGCGAUGUCAGCAGAUACAAUUGAAACUGCAGAUUUUUUCACCCCCAGUUCCGAACUUAGUGGUAGACUUGAUUAUUUUUCUAAGUCUGCUACUGGCAGAAACUCUCUUGCCUAUGAUGGCAGUAUCUCGUCAUAUGAUGGAAUGGAUGAUAACUACCUUGAUCGGCCUGCACAAUCAUUUGAAAAUACUUAUCAGGCUGCAAAGUAUUUUGUUCCAGGGGAAAGGGCCAGAAGGCGCAGGCUAUCAGUGAAUGGUAUGAGUAGCAACUCCAUUGGAAAUUUGUCAUCAGGGUUGUCUAAUAUAAAACUCUGUUCCCAAAAAUACCGAACAUGGGAUCAAAAUGAGCCUUCAGAACAUAUAACAGAUGGCCAUUUAGUUAGGAACUGGAAAAGAUUAGAGAGUUAUGACUAUCUAUCUGAAGCUCCACUCUCUCAUAGGGCUUACCUUGCUGGGUAUGAAAGUGCAAGCACUUCAAGUCAGUUGCAUGAUGAGUUGCCUCGCAAAUCAACCUUUCAUCCACUUGAUAAGCCUAAGUACACUGAGCAAGAAAGGAUGAAACUGUUGAGAAUGGUUUCUGAACUGCAGGAUCAACUUAACAAAGCAUGCCAUCUGAAAGGAGAGCCAAAUGGAAGGGCUUCUGCUCAAGUACCUUGGAAGGAAAACCAAUUUCCUAGGUACUAUGAUUCUGAGGCACCUGAUAGAGAGAUUUCUGGUCCUGGAUAUCUUGGAAGAAUAAGGCAGAAGAGCACCUGGGGUCAGCAGAGUAAAUUCUCUUGCAUACCUUUUUCAGGGGAUGCAGUCAACAGUAGGCUUCAAGGUGAUCCUUCCUGUUCAUGUUGCCAUCCUCAAGGCUGGCGGUAUUCAGCACAAUUUCACCCAUCCAUAUUUCAUCCCAAUCAAGAAUGUUGUAUGGACCAUGCUGGUCAAUGUUCUUACAGCUCUUGUCCCGCAAGUCCCCAGAGAUAUGUAGAGUCUGAUUUUUCCACUUGGAAUCCUUACACAAAGUCUUCUGACAAGAGAUAUAGAGAUCAUGAAUUGAAGAAGUGUUCAAGGGAGAAGCAUUAUUCAAUUAAGCGACACAUACGGCCCACAGCAGGUGGAGCUCCUUUUGUGACCUGUUAUUCUUGUUCGAAACUAUUGCAGCUACCUGCAGAUUUCCUCCUCUUCAAAAGGGCUUUCCAUCAGCUAAGAUGUGGUUCAUGCUCUAAGGUGCUGAAGUUUUCACUUAAAGACAGAAUCCAUAUUGUUCCCUAUGAACCAGUUCUUGUGGUGCCUCCACCAAGUGAGGCUGAUAGCUACAGCAAUGUUGGUAAUAAAGGUUUGGUAUCCACAUCUCUUGACAGAGGAUGCUUGCGUCCAGAUCCUGUAUCCUACUCUGAUGAUUAUGGGCUCUGCUCCACAGAUCCUGGUUCCCUUGAACCAUCUCAUGAGCUUCAGGGCAAUGCAGAGCAUGUCAGACACAUUUCAUACGGUUCAUCAAAACCUACAGAAGAGAAGGAGCCAGUUUUGAAUCAGCCUCGAAACAUAUAUAAGAAUCCCAUGGAGAAGUACAGCUCAGUUGGAACUUCUUCCAAUAUGUACCAUGGUUCAGAGAAAGUUUCCUCUGAAAUAGAGGAGCUGCCAAGAAGAGGGGGUUCACCCCUGCAUCGACUGAUGGGUUAUUCUUCAGCAAGUGAAGUGAUGUAUGGUUGAUGACUCUUCUACUCUUGCAUAAACUCGUACUAGUCUUAAGGUAAUGUAUGGACAGAAUAGGAAUAGGCACACUACUGGUAGAAUGAAAAAGAGUGCCAUAAUUUGUUUAUGGUGAUUAGCAACUAGAAGGGCAUUUUACUCUACAGGAUUUCAUGGAAGCUUAGACUAAUUAGCCAAAUUAGCCAAAUUUGAUUCUUGGAAAGAAAAAAAAAAAAUUCGAGGAAGGAAAUAACAAGAUAAAGGGAUAUAGGAAUUAGUUUGUUCUCAUUGAUUUUGAUUAGCAUUGAUCUAAUUAGUUUUAGUAUACAAGUGCAAUAGUAAGGUUUUGACUUUUGUAUCAGUUGGUGUGUGUUCCACAACUUGGGUUUAUUUUUAUGAUGUGUGAAUGGUGAAUAGAUCCUGUAUCAUGUUCAUGUAUAUGAGGAGAGAGAUUGAUAAUCAGUUUUAUGGAUAUAAAAUCAAAUGUUAAAAGAGUGUCAUUGUUACCUUUGUUGCUUUUGUCCAAUAAACAAUUAUUGUGCAU